AUGUCUAAAAGAAAUGUGGCUUUUAUCAAACCUGAAGAGCCGAAUUUUCUUAAAAAAAUGAAAGCAGAUAUCGGAUACAAAGAGGGACCGUCGAUAGACGAUAAGCGAAGGGCAAUCGAAAAUUUCGAUGACUCAGAUGAUGAGGAAAAGGAUGAUGAAAAGCCGCAAGUAGUGGUGAUCAAGGAAGGAGAUCUUACGGAAGCAGAAGCCGAGAAAGCAUUCAAAGAGGAGAGUGAGAAACCGGCCGAUCUCAGUCAAAAAAUCGUUUUUAAGUCAAAGAAAUCUAAAUCGGAAAAGGAUGAACCGAAACCUAAGAUCAAAUCUGAAGAGAAGAAAGCUAAAAAGGCAAAACAAAAGCAAGAAAAAAGUAAACUAUCAUUCAACGACGAGGAUGAGGAAGAUAACUAGCAGAAGAACAAAGCGUGCUUUUGAAUGCUGAGAUUUUAUAUAAGUAUCGUCAUUCAUUUGUAAAAUCACCACAAACCGAUCGUUGAUGUUCGGUUACUUGACAAAGCUUUCCAUGAUGUACAUAAUUUGGAAUAAAUCGACAUUUUA